GGGAUUCUCUGAGACGCGUGGUAGCUUAAAUGCGGUCUUCAUUUCUCUGUCAUCUUCAGCUCACUGAAGAUCUGUCUUUAUAUUUCUGUCAUUAGAUAUUUUUUUUCCUGCUCCUUUUAUGUCACAACUUUGCUGCCAAGCUGCAUAGACGCAAUGGAAGAGAACUUGUGAGACUGAUCUACUGUAAAUCUGCACCUUUCAAUUCUAAACUCCUUGGGUUUACCAUUGAGGGACUCUUUGGCAAUGCUCAGAUUUUGGUCACAGCAGAAGAUUAAUUGUAUUUGUUUUGUGCCCCUGUAGAGAACUGGAAUUUUUUUUUUUUUCUUUUAUUCACCUUUUGUUUCACCUCACGGACCCCGAGCUGCUUUUAUGGAGUGUGAAAUUUUGGACAUACAUGCCAAGUUUGGUAGGAAAAAGUUAGACAAAAGCAUGGCUGAUGGAACUGGUGAAACGUGCUGAAGGCUUCUUUCAAACAAGACAACACAGCAUCUUCUGAGAUGACCACUGUGUCCAUGGCUCCUGUGGAAGUCCUGGUGGGAAGGAGCACCAAUGCCACCGACCCCCCUCAGAGCUCUCAUGAGGACCCAGCUGUCACUUUCACCAUUGGCACCAUCCUCGCCAUCAUGUUUCUUGUGGGAGUCUUGGGAAACAUCUACACCCUUGUGGUGAUGUGCCAUUCCAUGCGGAAUGCAGCUUCAAUGUACAUUUAUAUCAUAAACCUAGCAUUGGCGGAUCUGUUGUAUCUGCUCACCAUCCCGUUCGUAGUGUGCACACACUUCCUAAAGGGGUGGUACUUUGGGGAUGUUGGCUGUCGGAUCCUCAUUAGCAUGGACUUUCUGACCAUGCACGCCAGUAUCUUCACACUGACCAUCAUGAGCACUGAGCGCUACUUUGCGGUGCUCAAGCCAUUGGAUACGGUGAAACGGUCGAAAAAAUAUCGAAAAGCCAUUGCGCUGCUAGUUUGGGGCGCUUCUUUUAUCCUCACAUUACCGAUGAUCGUAAGCAUUCAGCUGAUGAAGGUGGGCAACAAGGCUAUGUGUCUUCCCACCUUGUCAUCCUUGUCCUAUAAGAUUUACAUCACCUUCCUUUUUUGCACAAGCAUUGUUGCCCCAGGACUGAUCAUUGGUUACCUCUACAUCCAGCUAGCUCGGACUUACUGGGUUUCACAGACGGUGACCUUCAAAACGACCAAUAAGCUUCCCAAUCUGAAGGUUCUCUACCUGAUUUUCACCAUCGUACUCCUAUUUUGGGCAUGUUUCUUGCCUUUUUGGAUCUGGCAACUCCUGGGUCAGUACCAUCCGACACUGCCCCUGUCCUCCGCAGCUAAGCGCAACAUCAAUUACCUGACGACAUGUCUGACGUACUCCAACAGCUGCAUCAACCCAUUCCUAUACACAUUGCUCACCAAGAACUACAAGGAGUACUUAAGGAAGCACAACCGGUCCUGGUCAGCUGGGAGUUUUUUUGACAGGAGGGGGCGUUUGCAGCGCUCGCCACGCAGGUCGCCAUCUGCAAGCAGUCAGCAGUGUACAGAGAGCUUCAUGCUCACACAUACAGCCUCCUUGCGUGCCCACAACAGCAGCUUGUGAGAUCUGACAGAACUGUGCUGAAUGAUGAAAAGGACCAAACAACCACAUGGAAAUGGGACACGGAUGAACCCUUCAUAUCUACGAAAUGAACAGAAUAAGUGGAAACAUGACAAAUGUGUGCACACCAACACAUGUUAUAAUAGACGCUCGUGAGAUAAAGCUUUUAGAAACUGUGUACUGAACAAACAAUGCGUAUUCAUACAUGUGUACCCAUUUGUAUUUUCCAUGAAUGAAACAUAGGAAUGACCUUCAUGCUGACUAAGUAUACCAUCUGUGCUCCUUGUUUUGCAAUAUGUGAGUCGGCAUGGUCAAAUAUGUAAUAUAUGUGCCAAAAAUUGUGUUUAGGUUAUUGAAGCUAAUUCAGAGCAUAUAAUAGAUGCCGUGUUUGUGUGGAUUAUCUUUUUCUGUCUAAAAAUGCAUGGUUAUGAAACAAGUGUAGCAGGGUUCAGAUGUCACCACCUUAGCAUCAAUCAUAAAUGCAGUAAUCCAUAAUUAAGUAUUCCGACCUCGAUUAAUUGAAAAGACAUGCUCGGAAAGAUACAAAGAUGCAUGAAAGCCACAUUGAAAAGGAAAAAAUGGCAACAUUCCAAGAAAAUGGUCAAAAUGUAACAAGAAUGCGAAGAAACCAAUUUGGAAGACGUUCACAAAUGUUUAAUCUGCGCACCACCUGUGCUACAACACACAUUUUGCUUUUUGUCUUCCUCUUUGGAUUUUCUGUUCAAAGUCCAAAUGUUUUGCAGUUUUUGUAUUUUUAUUUGUCAAAAAAGCACACUGCAUACUCUUGAUCAACUGUGUUGUUGUGCGUACCUGUAUUGUAAAACACAAAAUGCCUUUUAAUUCCAAGUGAAUGUCAAUCUUCGACCUGAAAAAAAGAAAACAUUAAAACUUAAGUUUAACAUUAAGCUUGUUUUUUAAACACCUCAUUAAAAUUGGAACUCAUUUGAUUAAGAACUGACUAAUGUUAUUAGAUUAUGAAAUUAUUUUUGAAGCACAAUGUAAUUUUGGUUUUAGAGAUUUGUCUCGUAGUAUUGUGGCUUGAUUUUAAUAAUGCAUUAUUUUUCUUGUAAAAUUCUGACUUUAUUGUUUUCGGU